AAUUAUUGGCUCAGCUGGCUCCUGCCAACGGUCAGACGCCUCUAGGAGCAUUCUGCUCUGUUCAGGCGCUUCCUAUUUUAUUGCUUUGCCCGGGAAAUUGGUGUAGAACGAACGAUUUCUGUUCGUUAGUGUCGCAAAUAGAUCCUCGCCUUGCAGGACUCCUCCGUAGCGCCGCACUGCACCGCUUUGGAGGCCAGCCCUCCCAUUCGCACUGCGCCGCAGCGCCCCGUACCGAAUCCAGCUGAACCGCUUUGAACCACUCUCGACAGCACUGCGUCGCACUACACAUAUUCAUGAGACUCGCGGUAGUGCCAUCAUGAGUGCCACCUGGGGAUUGUCGCGGCUCGUGCCGCUGCUGCUGGUGGUUCUAGCGGUGCUACCCACGAGUCCGGUUUCCGCUGCGCCUCGUCACAAUGAGGUGCUGCAGUGCCCUGCCAAUGCCAACGGCACUGGCAAUCUCUUCCUGCCCACGUUGGAGGCGGGAGCCGUGGCGGCAGGCACAGUGGCCUGGAGGACCACCCGAGAGAAGUUCCUGCUGCUGCACUGCGUCAGAGGACAGAUCAGUAACCGGGUGCUGUGUAUAAAGAACCAUCUCCUCCUAGCCGGGCUUCUCAGCCGCACGCUAAUCGUGCCCUUCCACCACUCUGAAGUGGUGCGCAACUACAACAUGCACGUGGCUCUAGACGUGGAGCAUUUAAGACGCUGCUUUGGAAAGGUGGUAUUCACAACGGCGGAGUACCGGCGCAAGUUUGUAAAGCCCAUCAACGUGACGGAGGUGGUGUGCUGGCACGGGCCCAAGGGCGCGUGCAGGGAGGAGGAUAAGGAGCUGCUGCUCAACUGCCCGGCUCCUGAGACCAUGAGUACCCCUGCCUCCGUGCUCGUUGGGGGCGAUGGAGAGGCUCUGCUGAAGAUCGGCAAGCCCGGCUUUGUGUUCAACACGCGGGUGCGCAUCACCCGCACGCUCUUCAGAGGCCAGCUCACCCAGAUCUCAGGCAACCACACGGCACUGGCUGCGUGCCUGCCUAUGGCUGCUACCAAGACACAGGUACUAGAGGCGUAUGGCAGCAACCCCUCCCGUGUCCUAGUAGUGGGAGACCUGGUGAACGUGCAGUUCGCCGAGUGGCCGGAGGCGGAAGCCGCCUUGGACCUCCCGUUCAAGCGCUCGGACAAGUGCCCCACGGCGCUGCUGAUCAAGCCCGCAGGGGCCAUGUUCCUGGCGGCCGAGCUGUUUGUGCGGGAGGCGUUUCAGGGGGAGCCGUUCAUCGGCAUGCACUGGCGGCGGGGGGACUUCAAGGCGUACUGCUUCUGGCACGGGCCCAAGAAUGCGUGUUACUUCCCUGUGCAGCAGGUGGCCUACUGGGUGUAUCGCAAGACACGGGAGUUGGCCAUCAACAACCUGUUUCUUGCCACCAACGCCAAGCAUGCCGAGUUGGAGGAGCUAACAGUGUUGUUGAAUCAAAUGUCGGACUACAAGUUGAACAUUGUGCGGUUACCAUCCGUUCGCGAGAAGAGCAAAGAGAAGUGGAUGCGUCCCAUCCAACACCUGACCCUCGGCCGAACGGAGCUUAUCCCGGUUGCGCUUGAGAAGCUGAUUUGUGCGCAGUCACACGUCUUCUGGGGGUCGGUUGCCUCGACAUUUUCCAUGGAUAUUCAAAGGCUGCGCCACGGGCUUCGAGUGGCAAGCUGUAACGAUACCACGAUUUGUUACGGGGAGAAGGAGUGGAUUAGGAACCGCGGAUGACAAGCAAUAUUGCGUGUAAGAAGAAGACGUCCAUUGUCUAAAAAAUCAAAAUUGUGAUGCAUUUAGGUAGCAAUUUGUUGCUUAGUGUACUUGUUCCUUCUAUCCUAUGGACCCACCGAUACGACGAAGGUUUU